UAAAAUGUCAUUCACAUUACACACGUUCGAGAACUAUUUAAAAACAGAAACGGAGAUUGAAAAACAAGAACUAUUCUUUAUUUUUAUCAAAAAUGUACAUUUGCUAAAUUAAGUAUUGAUCUCAACUCACAGGCAAGUCGUCAAGUUAGAAUUUAGGUUCGAAAUAAACCUUAGCACAUAAUAAUUUUAUAUAAUAGGAAAAUAUUUGACACCUACUUAACCUCAAAAAUUGCAAUCACAACAUCCUCUUCGUUUUAUUUAAACCAAGAUGGUAGCAACUGCUACACUUGCAAAAGUAGCUGUCUAUGGAGCAUGUGGUAUUUCCGCAUUUGGACUGUUUGCACACUAUCAUACCGAAAAUAGUGUACGCAAAUCUUUAUGCUACAAAGAAGCUAUGGACUGCUUAUGUGAUCAUCCUGAGGCUCAACAACAAUUGGGUAAAUCAAUAUCGGGUGGUAAGAUUGACUAUAAAAAUGGAGUUGGGUAUGAUUCAGAAACGGAGAAAUUUUGGUACAGUCUUCCAGUAACAGGAUCAAAAGCGAGAGGGAAUAUGACUUACUAUGUUAAUAAAGUUGAAGAAGAGGAUCGAAAUUAUAAAGUUUCUAGAAUUGAAUUAGAAGUGGAUCACAUAAAAGAUAAAAUAUUGUUAAUAAAAAAGGAGUCUGUGUAAUUGUAUAUUAAAUAGUUUAUCAAUUA